UCUCCAAUGUUCGACAAGCGAUGAAUCAUUUCAUUUUCACACUUAUAUAAAUACACCGUAUAUAGUGAAACGCUACGCAAUAACAAUAUUUACUACGAAGCAGUAGGAGUGUUGAACGAAUAUUAGUAUUUUUUCUCAAGUUAAACAAGCAAGCUAAAUUGUUCUCAGAAAUGGAAGAUCAAGUACCAUUUAAAGUUUACACGUUUUGGAAUGAAGAUGAUAAGCCAGAAGUAAGGAGAUUUGGGGUAGAAAAGAGUGUUGUGACCAGUUAUCAUUACUUGAAUGCUAAACUUCAAGAUGUCUUCCCUGGUCUAAAAAACAAGUAUUAUGUAGUGUCAUGGAAAGAUGAAGAUGGAGAUGAUGUAGCAAUAUCUUCAGAUGAUGAAAUCAUGAUUGCCUUAUCAGCCAUGGAGGAUCUGGAUAUUGUGAAAUUGUAUGUCAGUUGCAAAGACAAGUUGACUAAGAAUGAUGAUGAGUGUGAUAUUGUUCUUACUGCUGUUGCUGACACCAAUGCUGACUACAGUACAAUGCCACAUCGUGGUGUAAUUUGUGAUGGAUGCGAGUCUCCAGUGAUUGGUUUCCGUUACAAGUGUACUUACUGUGAUGAUUAUGAUCUGUGCUCAAAAUGUGAAGGUGCUGGCUUACACCCUCAACAUUGCAUGGUGCGAGUGCCCAUGCCUAAUAUGCCUCGCACUGUUAUCAGAACAGCAAUAAAAAGGUCCAGAAAUUUCUUGAAGUCUGUUACUUUUACUGUUGAUGAUGAAAAUAGUAAGAAGCAAUGCCGUGAAAAGAGCAAUGAAAGGAAACGCCGUGGUGAUCAUGGGCAUGGUCACCAUGGUCAUGGCCAUCGCCACAGUGGUGAUCGUGAACAACAUCAUCAUCGUCGUCCACGCACCAGUUGGCUAGAAACCUUUGCAAACUAUAUGAAUGAAUUUGCAAACCUUGCUGGAGAUGUGAACAUUGAUAUUGAGAAAAAGCCAACACAAGAAAAUACAAAGGAUAAUACUUCACAAGCUCCUAAAGAUGAGGCAUCAACUUCAACAGAAAGGGAGCAACCUCAAUGUCCUUUUGCAGUAGAAAAUUUGGAUAUUGAGAAUAUUCAAAAGCUUCUUAAUUUGUAUUUAGGUGGCUUAAACCCUAAACCUUCUACUUCAAACAAUGCUGAAAAUUCUCAAAAUCAGCCCCAAGAAAACUCUGUCAAUACCAAUGAUGUAGAAAUGGGUCAAGGCGAUCGUAAAUCUCCAGAAAAUGACAAGGAAAGUGUCAGGUCUGAGGUAUCAUCAACUACUACUGCUGAAUCUAAAAGAGAGGAAACUCCAGAAAUAGAAAAAGGAGACAAGGUUGAUGACUGGACUGUCAUUAAUAAAGAAAAAGAUCUUAUGGAUACAUAUGUCAAGAGUGGCACUUCUCAGCCACCAAUUGGCUUCAACCUUCCAGAGGAGUUUCAAGAACGUGUGAAAAUUUCUGAAGGACAAAACCUAUAUCCUCCUCUCAAUAUAGCAACUGCUGCGUUGAAUCCUAAAGAACCAGAAAAGGCAGCUGAUCCUCCCCAGCCAGCUUCGAGUCAGGCUCAAAGUUCAGGUGACAAACAGCCACCGUCCGCUCCCGUUGCAGACAAGCAAGAAGCUAAACCUAAAGAGCAACCACGAAAACGUCACCCAUUGCCUCAUAUUGAUGCAGCUAUUGAGCAGAUGAUGGCCAUGGGUUUCACCAAUGAUGGUGGGUGGCUGACUCAACUUCUCGAGAGCAAGAAUGGCAAUAUUGCGGCUGUUCUUGAUCUCCUUACUCCGGUCAACACUAGGAAGUAAACUUGUAUAGGAUUUCCUUUCGAAAUGUUAUAACUAUAUAUAAAUAUGACUUCCUGAUAUUAUUUCUUGCCACUUCAUCACGCUAUAUUUACUAGUAUGUAGGUUUUAUGUAAGAAAGGUUUACUAGGUAUUUGUGGUGCAGGGAUCACUAUUGAUGAUUCGUUGAAGACAUCGCUUGAUUAUUUUAAAUGUUUUCUCCAUCUAUAAUUUUUUACUUUGCUCAUUAUUAUUUGUGCUAAUUACAGUAAAGUUAGCAAGAGGUUUAAUCUAUUUUCUGCAUCUAUGUUUAAUUAUGAUUAUUUUACACUUAUUUCAAUAGAUUCUGUUCAUUUUACCAAUUCAAAAACAUUCCGUUAAUUUUUAAUUGGCUUUUUAGAAGUGCUGUUAUUUACACUAUAGGUAGAAUUAUGUUAUUUAUUACAUAAUGUUUUAAUAGUUGAGGAUAUUUCAACCAAACUCGGUAGAAAAAUAUAUUUAAAAUUCCUCCAAAUUCCAAAUGAAAAAAAGAAACAAUUAAAAAGCAAGUAAAUAAAGUGUUGAUAUAGUUAUGGCCCUUGUAAGUGGGGCGUGAUUCAAAUUUGGAUGCUAGGUAACUAUUAUUUUCUAUUGUGAUAAUUUUAUUGUGAUAUAAGCAACAUUGGCAAUGUAUUGUAUUAGCCAUAUAUAUUCUCUUAAAUAAAGGUAUAAUGGUUUAA